AUGGGCAUCGGCGACGCGUUCCGCGCCGCGGGCUUGAGCUUCGCCGAUUGCGGCUUCCUCAAGCUCAACGCGUUCUUCCCGGUCAUGCUGGGCCUGGCGCACGCAAGCGUCGCCGGCUUCUGCAAGGGCGACGUCGGCGCCGCGGCCGUCGCGGCGAUGCCCGUGCCCGCCGCCAAGGUGCCGUUCCUCGUCGCGGCGAUCAUGCCGCUCCUGGCCGUGGUCAUCGCCAUCGUCGCGCUCGAGGCGCUCUCGGCCGUCGCGCCGAACGGCUACGAGAGCCAGCGCAGCCGCUCGCAGAAGGCGCCCGGCGCCAUCGUCGCCGCGGGCAACCCGGCCUGGAUCGAGCGCGUCCAGGCGGCGCAGUACAACACCUGGGAGGCGACGAUCGGCAUGCUCGCGGCGUGGUUCGUCGCCAAGGAGUGCGGCCUCGCGGAGGACCUCUUCGCGAAGCUCGCGACGCUCUUCCUCGGCAUCCGCGUCGCCUACCCCGUCGUCUACGCGCUCGACCUCGACCUGCUCCGCACGCAACUCUGGCUCACGGGCCUCUACGCGACGGCCAUGAUCGCCUUCGCCGCACUCUUCCCGGACACGGUCGCGCCCCUGCUCGCCUAG